AUGUACAUCUCGCGACUGGUUUUGCCCGCGGCCCUGCUCUGGGCUACGGAAGCCGUGGCGCGCGGCCCGAAGCCCGGAGCACAUAUCGAGACCUGCUAUGAGGGCGAAUCGUCUUCCCUCCACUGCUACAGCGGCCAAGACGAUACCCCGCAAGACGUAGACAUCAACGACAUCACAACCGUCGCCAAGGCCCUCCGAGACUACGGCCGCGAGGUCGAGGGCGGCCGCCUUUUCACCAUGACGGCCGAGAAUGCCCCCGACUGCGCCGAGUGGGACAUUUUCAACCACCAGACCGUCCUGGCUCUUGCCAAGCACAUCGACUCCAAGAAGAACUCGUCGGUGCUCUUCGAGGACAUUGCGCGGACAAUCGACGGCGGUCCGUCGGCCUCUGACGAGGACAAGAAGGGGGCCAUUGUCGGCUGCUUGUCCAGCGGCGGCUCCCUCGGUGUUCUGGUCAACGAGACGGACCCCGCCUACCACUCGCACGAGUAUGAGAAGCCGGGCUAUACCACCGAGGGUAUUGUCAUCAAGAUUGUCUCCAACGUUCGCAAAUUCGACCUGUAA